CGAUGCAAUCGGUUUUGUUGUCCGUUCUCUCGCGGGCUCAGCUUUGAUAGGGCGGCAGCCUUCGAAUCUCCACUGCUUGUUUAUCAAAGUUGAACCCGAAGCAAAUGCCGGGCGAAUAAACUCUACGUUUAAAGCCAACCGUGCCAUGGAAGAGAGCAUGUCAUCCUCAGCUGGGCUGCACUUCUCCCAGGUGGAUUUCCUGGCCCGAUGGAUGCCGAGCAGUAGCCGCGCCGGGGUAAUCCUCAACCUGUCCCCGGACAUGGUUGACUCAGCCGGGAAACGCUUGGCCGAGUCUCCCGGGAACCGCUUGCCUUGGGGCUCCGAACCAGGGAACUCCGACGAUUCGUUCAACUCCAGUUUCGCUCCACUCCCCACCUCCACCAACAGUAGCUGCUGUAUCGGUGUCUCGGCCCAGUCCGAGUGUUUGACAGAACCGGGUGAGGUUUGCCGGAGACCUGGAACUGCUAGAGUGGAAAGAACUGGCUGUGAAGAGCCUCUGAACGGUUUUAACGGUGGACCACUUGGGCAUUCAGCGGGGGCAAAGGAAAGUGUCGAGGAGCCGAGCAACAACAAACCACAUGACCUGUCUCUGAUAAUGAAGCUAGAACAGCUGCGGCGAUGGCAGCAUCACAUGCAGGAGCAGCUGAGAGCUCACCAGCUGGAGGAACUGGUGCAGCUGCAGGAGGAGCAGCAAAGGAUUCUGGGAGUGAUGAACGGACCUCAGUACUUUGGAACAGGGAACGUUGUGGCAGGUCUGUCGGGACUGCUGCCGAGGGAGGUCACACUGCAGGCAGUUUCUCCUCCUCGUGAAGCCCCCUGCAGUCUCCCCUCACACGGCCCCGGAGUUCACCAGGGCUCCGUGCUGGGUCCCCAUGAGGUGUCACCGUCUCCCGCGGCAGGGAGAGAGGACUCUGGGCCCGUGGAGGACAUAACGGAGGCGGUGUGGGUGUCGGGGGAGGAGCAGUCCGAGAAGGGCUGGGCUAACAGCUCUGAGCAGGAUGACCACCAGGUCUCUCUGCUCCCAUGUGAUGGAGUGGCAAGAACCGGACUUUCCCCCACCGCGUUCCGGGAAGACCUGGAAGAGAGGCCCAUCCCGGUUGGGGGUCAGAAACAGUCGUUUGAAGCUCUCCUGGAGGAAAAGCUCAGAUUGGAGGAGCAGAGGUCAAAGGUCACGCAGCCCAAACAGAACUGCCAGGGGGAGGAGCCUCAGGCAGCUCCGCCCAAACGGGCCUUCCUGAGGCGGGGCCAGGGCCUGUCUCGCUACAAGGGCCGCCCCAGGGGUCCAGCGCCCCUCCCCAGCGCCCCACCACCUUCCGCCAGGCCCGUCGCCCGUAGCAACCCAGAGCCCGCCACCUCGUCCCAGCACAACAAGCCCGUCCAGCGCAAGACCGCCUUGCUCAACAAGGAGAACCGCUCCCCGCCACCGCCCGCCGUCCCCAGGGGCCAGCCCAGGGCGGUGGGAGGGCCGCCGCGCCAGAAGGCCCUGGUCCCCCGACGGCAGCACGACCCCGAGGAACCGGAGGACCAACGGAAAGCAGGUCGGCCGCACCCAGCUCGCAGUGCCGGGGAUCCCAACGCCAGGAGGUCGGGCCCGCUCGGAGGGCCGACCUCCAGGGGCCGCGUGGCCAGCGACCCGGGCCGGCCCAGCACCGUGACCCGACAGCCGGGGCCCAAGGGCCGACACGACACUGCCAGGGGUAAUGGCCCCCCAGCCAGGGUCCCCGAAGAGACGUCCUGCUCGGCACCUCCCCGGAGGAGGACCGUGGCGUCGGCCGCGGCGGAGCAGGGAGGAGGCGUGGCGGAGUACUCCUUCGAGGUGUCGUUCCAGGAGAGGCUGCGGGGCAGGGCGGGGGAGGUGCACCAGGAGUACGAGGAGCUGGGGGAGUUUGAGCUGCUGGAGCAGGCGGCCGAGGAGCUCUCCUUCUCCUCCAACUCCUCCUUCGUCAUGAAGGUCCUUAACAUGGACCGCCAGCUGCAGGCCGCUAAGGAUCUCCACCAGCGCCGGCUCUCCUCCACGCCCAUCAAGUCCCCCCGGCACUCCCCUCCUAAAGGCCCGCCGCACUGCAGCGAGGGGGGGACCACCCCCUUCUCGGAGGUCCUGGUGCUGGGGGGGGGGCAAGCUGGGGGUGAGGAGCAGCCCCAGCAGCAGCAGGAAGAGGAGGAGGAGGAGGAGGAGGAGGAGGAGGAGGAGUCGGAAGAAGAGUCGGGGGUCGAUGUAGUCGACGGCAAGCUUUCAAACCGGCGAGACGAGGCGCACACUGCAUUUCCCAGCGGCCUUUGCUUCCCCGAUCAACCCAACCCUCCGUACAACAAGAGCUCGUACCAGGACGAGUGCGGGGGGGUGGGGUCAGACGCCACGGACGCAGACACCACGGACGCCGACGGGGAAGAGGAGGAGGAGGAGGAUGACGGGGACAGUGUCCUCACGAGCCCUGAUGACUCCACCCUGCUGGAGGACAGCGACGGCCACCAGGGUGGGCUGCAGUUUGACGACGACGACACCUGGAACGACCUGGAGGAGACAGCCGUGGCACCGCCCAGCCACCCACUGCACAGGGCAACAGCCAAUCAGCGCUCCCCACCGGAGAGGGCGCUGACCAGGAAGGUGGCGGCGAGCCGAGGGGUAGAGACUAGUACUGGACCGAUCCUGACCAAUCAGGAGCUCGCAGAGCCCACCGUUGCCCCCUCCAAGCUUAUGACAAGGUUAUUUCCCGCUCUGAAGCCAAAGUCCCAGAAUGCACCUGCUGUUGCGCCGGAGCCCAGGCAGACUGACAAAGCACCUGGCCUGCAGGUGCAGUCCCAGCAGCUGCGGGAGCGUCUGGUGGAGCUGGAGCUGGAGAUCGAACGCUUCAAGAAGGAGAACAACGCCCUGAGCCGGCUGAGGGAGGAGAACGAGAGGAGCAAGGAGGACCUCAGGAGGGAGCGGGAGGGGUUUGAGAGGAAGAGGGAGGAGGAGCUGGCCAGGGUGGUCAAACUGGAGGAGGUGAUGAAGGAGGAGAACAGGAAGCUUCAGAGAGACAGGAAGUUGUUUGAGCAACACGCUUCCGCCGCCCGGGCCAUACCGGACAAGAAGGAGAGAGAGGAGAUCCAGUCUCUAAGGCAGCAGCUGGUGGACAUGCAGGAGGAGGUGCGGAGGAAGGAGAGUCGCUGGGGCACCACCCACGGCCGCCUGCGCCAACAGAUUGACACCCUCAACACGGAGAACGGCGCCCUCAAGGAUGAGGUGAACACCCUGGAGAGGCUGCGUCUGGGCUCCUGGAGGAGGAGCUCCUCGCCCGGCGGCCCCUCCUCCUCCUCCUCGUCCGCCAAGGGGGUCAAGUUUGCUAGUCCUCUGGACACCCGGGGAGACAGCCCUCCGCCGGGUGGCGUGGACGCCAGGGGCUUCUCCAGGAAGAACAGCCUCAACGGGCCUGCCGGGACGAUGAAGAGCAGCCUGAGGAAGCCGGCCGGGCCAGUGUCCUCGUCCUCUUCCUCCUCGUCCUCUGCCUCCUCUUCAGCGGAGGAGACGCCUUCUGCCAGACCGCCUGACAAGACCCUGGUGCCGGAGCCACCGUUGCCCCCCCUGCAGACUGCCCUGACCACCAAGAGGCCGCUGCUGCCUCAUGUAGAGGAGGUCAACGAGAGCCCAGAGUCCAACCAUGAGGUGACCACGUACCCCGACGGCAAGACGGAGCAGGUUCUCCCAUGCGGCGGGCGGCUCAUCGUCUUCGCCAACGGAACCAGGAAGGAGCUGUCUGCGGACGGCCUCGCCACCACCAUGACCUUCUUCAACGGAGACACCAAGCAGGUCAUGGCCGACCAGAGAGUGGUUUACUACUACGCAGAGGCGCAGACAACCCACACCACCUUCCCCAACGGCAUGGAGAUCCUGCAGUUCCCGAACCUCCAGAAUGAGAAGCACUUCCCUGAUGGCAGGAAGGAGAUAACCUUCCCGGACCAGACAGUGAAGACACUGUUCCCUGACGGGAGAGAGGAGUGCGUGAUCAUCGAUGGAACGGUCAUCCACGUCAGCCCGGACGGCACCAAGGAGAUCCAAUUCAACACAGGCCAGAAGGAGGUGCACACGGCCGACUACAAGCGACGCGAGUAUCCUGACGGCACCGUCAAGACGGUGUUCAGCGACGGACGUCAGGAGACCCGAUACCCCACCGGGCGGCUCCGCAUCAAGGACAAGGACGGCAACGUCUUGUCCGACAACAAGGCGUAGUCCUCCAAGAACCCAGAACCCGAUGGGAGUGGUGGAGGGUCCAAAGGUUGAGACAUUCAACUCCCAGUUGGUGCACAGUACGUAGCACCAAGUGUUGUGCCCCCAUGGUUUCUAAAACCAGUGCCGACCCCAAAACACUUCAAGACACCUUAAAUCAAGUUUGUCUGUCGCCCCCUGGUGGGGAGGCUGGCCGCCUUGGGUAUGAGUUUACUGGGAACAAAGCAUGGAUCUUCUGGUAUGCUCUUAUUUUCGAAACCGCUGCAGACGCCACACGGCAAGAAUGGUCUACCUUAAAUAUACUUGCAGUUUUUCUAUGCGGUAGUUCAAAUAAAGGUUAUUUUCUGCGCUUUUAGUUUGAAGGAAACAGAAUGGCGUGAUCAUCACGGGGUGCACUUGAAAUUUGCUAGCUGCAAGUUAGCAUUUAAACCAUGGAUUAUAGUGAAUGUUAGCAGUUUGGAGUGAUGAGUUUCAUGUGACUGCUUUUUAUGAAUUGGUAUGCCGUUUUAGUUUUAUAUAAUUUAUUUGUAAAAAUCUUUAAUACAUAUUUAUUUUCUAGCCGAAUGCAUGUUUUGAUGUUUUUGUAAAAUAAAUUUUAAAUACUUUG